AUGAACUUCGCACGGGAGCGCCUACAUACAGUGGCGCGAGAAGUCAAGGCAAAGAGCACAUCUUUGGAGGCCUGGAAGUUACCCAAGAACACAAGCUCUCUUGCCCCGGACUAUGUCUGGACAAACGCAGACCAGGACCCAGUUCCACCGGAAAAGCAGACAUGGACGGCUUGGUCCUUUGCCGGAUACUGGUUCAGUGACCUGUUUAAUGUGACGGGAUGGCAGAUCGCCUCCAGCACGAUUUUGAACGGCCUCGGCACAACGGAUGCGAUUCUCAUUGCUCUUCUGGCCGGGUUCUGCAACGCUGUACCGACCGUCCUCAACGGAGCGAUUGGGUCGAAAUACCAUAUCCCAUUUCCUGUUGCUAUCCGUUCAAGUUUCGGGUACUGGUUUUCCUACUUCGCUGUCGUCUCCCGAUGCAUCCUGGCCUUGUUCUGGUUCAGCCUGCAGGGCUACAGUGGCUGUUCCUCUAUCGAAGCAAUCAUCGUUGCGAUAUGGCCAAGCUUCGCAUCGCUUCCUAAUAACUUACCUGAAAGUGCCGGUAUCACGACAAAGACAAUGGUGUGCUACCUCAUUUAUAAUAUUUUCCAAUUCCCGUUGCUCCUCAUACCUACUCAUAAGCUGCAAUGGCUCUUCCUCGCCAAGGCCAUUUUGGUGCCGCCAAUGGUGUUGGGUAUGACAAUCUGGACCUGCUUGCGAGCGGGAGGCUCGAUUGAGAUCUUCCAAGUGCAGCCGACUGUCUUCGGGACCGACAGAGUCUGGCUGUGGCUUGGAACUUUGACGUCUGUCACUGGGGGAUACUCAACAAUCGCUGUCAACAUUCCAGACUUUUCGCGAUUUUCCAAGAGUCAGGGAGCACAAUGGAUCCAACUGCCCCUGAUCCCGUUCCUCAAAGUCUUUGUUUCGCUCUUCGGUAUUAUCUGCACCGGCGCAUCCAUCCAUAUAUAUGGCCAGUACGUGUGGGAUCCGUUGAAGAUCGUCUCAUCGUGGGGAACGACGCCCGGCGGUCGAUUCCUCGCUUUUGUCUGCGCCGUCAUUUGGCUGAUCGCGCAGGUGUGCACCAACAUAUCCGCCAACUCAAUCAGCUUUGCCAACGACAUGACAACCCUGUUCCCCAAGUGGUUCAAUAUUCGCCGUGGCGUGGUUUUUGCCUCCCUGGUCGGGGCUUGGGGGCUUGUGCCUUGGAAAAUCAACAAGGCCGCUGGGAGUCUACUGAGCUUCAUGUCGGGUUAUGCAAUCAUCCUUGGUCCCUUUGCCGGCAUUAUGGUGGCAGAUUACUAUCUCGUACGCCGGAGGGAGCUCGAUGUGAUUGAGCUCUAUGAUUCCAGAGGAAAAUAUCGCUACAACAAGUUUGGCGUCAACUGGAGGGCAUUUUUAGUCUUCUUCUCCGUCUUCAUCCCCCUCGUCCCAGGGUUGGCCAGGGUUGUGAGUCCAUCCAACGUGUCGAUCGACAUCGGCCUUCGACAUUUAUACAGCAUCAGCUGGCUCUUUGGAUUCAUCACGUCAUUAGUCUCCUAUUUUCUUCUCAUGAAAAUAUUUCCAGCCAAAAGUACGAUGGCUCGGUCACAGAGCUCCAUAGAAGGGGUAGAAGAUGCGAUUUCUCAGACCAUCGUGGGGGAUGACAAGGAGAAAGCAUAA